AUGAGUACAAUGCUUUAUAAUAGUGUUCGUUUUAUGCUUAAACCAUGGAGACCAAAAAGAGAAAUAUUUCACUUUGUAUUUUCAAAAGCUAUGACAUAAUCAUCUGCAACUAAAAUUAUAUUCUAAUUAAGAAAACAUAUUUAAGAAAAACCUAAAGUUUUAAUGUUAUCAAUCAACUCAGGUUUAUUAUAUCAAUAUCAUUUUAGCAUAUGGAGAUAUAACAUAAGCAUAAAUUGUAGCAGAAGCAUUCUAAUAAGCUGCAUCAAAUUUAGAUGCUCCAUUCUAUACAUUUAUUGAUUGUUAUGCUUUAGGAUCAGCAUAUUAUUUAGCAAGUUGUGGUACAGAAGUUUAUGCAAGUAAUAAAUAAUUAAAUAUAUAGAUCCAUUUUCUUUAAUUGGAGAAGUAUAACCAUGUAAAAGAUCUAUUGGAUUUUAGAAUGUGUUAUAAAAUUUAAAAAUUAAUUAUAGAUAGAGUAGAAGGGAAAGUAUUUUAUUAGAUGCAUUUACUAAAGUAAGUGAAAAAUAAUUGGAAUUUGUAAAUAAAGAACUUAAAACUGAAUUUUAAUUUGCUUUAGAUUAAAUAAAAUAGAAUAGAGUAGGUAAAAUUAAGAAAUUUGAUGAAAGUCAUAUAUAUACAGCAUAAUAAGCACUUGAAAAUGGAUUAAUUGAUGAUAUUUGUACUUUUGAUGAAGUUUUAGCAAAAAAAUAUCCAAAGUACAAAUUCAGAGAAUUAACCCUUUUUAAAGAUGAUAAUUCAAUGAUUAUUGUAUAAGGAUAAUUACAUUUAGCAAUUGAAAAUCUACUUACAAAAUUUGAAAAUAAUUGUUAACUUUUUGUUAAUGAAAAUGUUUAUCAUGAUAUAUAAGAAUAGAUUAGUGAAUUAUUGAGUAAUGCACUAAAUAAUAUUGAUAUAUAAUAGAGUGCAUAUGAUUUAAUGAUGGAUUAUCUGAAUGACUUUAUUAUAAAUUCUAAUAAAUAUUGA